AUGGCAAUUGGAGGACCUAGUGAAGGAAGAUGGAUUUGGUGUUUGUGUUUCUUGGUGAAGGGUAAUCUAUUGGCUAGGUGUUUGCGUUUUGAUAGUGAGAAUGGCUUGAUGGCUAGAACAACCGUUAUGAUUGUGGGGGAAUGGUUGGAUGAGCUAACUAGGUUGGCAUGGGAGGAUGAAACUGGUUUUGGGAAUAAGGUAUCACGAUUAAGUGAGGCUAGCUUGUUGAAG